AUGCAUCCAGAUUCAAAAUUUUCUGAGGAAACAACUGAAGCAACAUCUCUUAUACCUGAUAUUUUUAAAACCAGUGCUUUAAAAACUUCUUUACUCUGUACUUUUGGAGAAUUGCCUCUUUGGCUUCAAGAUAAUCGUGAUAUUCUUAAAGGAUAUCGAAGACCAACAUUUUCUUAUUUAAAAUGUGCCGAGUCAUUAUUUUACGUUCAUAACGAAAGUG